AUGAGGCAAUCGCUUGCUCUCUCGGCGCUGCUGGCUCUUGCCGCCACUGCACGCGCUGCCCAAGUCACCUUCCAUGUUGUGGCUCCUGGUGCCACCACCGUGCAGGUCUCUGUAAACGGCCAGCUCACUGCCUUGACUGCCGCUGACCCCACGCUUCCCAUUUUCACUGGUGCAGCAGAGACCGGUGCCGACACAAAGUACAAAUACGUCGCGGGCGGUACGGCCGAGACCUUUGACCGCGAGCUGCCCUCUGGCAAGACUGAAACGUACAACGACUUUUUGGAUCGUCCAGUGACAUACGCCAACAUUCCUGAGCUGCCAUGGCCCAUUGAGAACGAUCCUCAAUGGACACGCUCAGGACCAAAGCAACCCAUCUUUGACAGCAACUACAUCCCUACCAUUUUCGUCAAUGGCAACUCCGCUGACCUGGACUCGCUUAUUGCCAACCCCGUUGCCACACAGUACCCCGUUACCCUGACCUUCGUCUUGGCCAGCGAAGUCAAGACCUUCAGUAAUGUCAGCUUCGGCAUCCACGGCGCCGGUAAGAAGAACAACAAUGCCAAGCAAAGCUGGAACUGGAGUCUUUCAUCCGGCGAUACUUACCAGAACCGCAGCUUCUUCAAGAUUCGCCACCAAGAAGAAGAUCCCACUCAGAUACGUGAGAAGCUCUAUGCCGAUAUCGCUCGUGCUAUGGGCACCUAUGCCAACGAGGCCAACAUGGUCCGACUCUUCAUCAACAACGACGGCUUCGGCACCUUUAACCUCUUGGACGACGUCACACAAUAUUCUUACAUCUCAGCCAUGUUCUACGGUGGCAACCCUCCAGCACAGAUGGGCGCCCUCUUCGAUGGUGCCUCUGGAGCCAGCUUCCAGUACUCCCCCACCGGCGAUGGCUAUUACUCGUGGAUCAAGAACGCUCUGAGUCCCGAGGAGCCCACCGCCGUCGGCCCUCUCUGUGAGCUCUGGAACAGGACUGACAAGACCAACGACGCAGCCAUUGCCGAAGUCAACAAGCAGUUGGAUUUGGACCCUUUCAUGCGUUUCAUGGUUCUCGAGUACCUCACCGGUGACUGGGACGGUUACUGGGAGGAGCAGACCAACGAUGGCCUUUACCGCGACCCCACUCAGGAAAAUAAGUGGUACUACCUUGCACAGGAUUUCGAUGCCACCUUUGGUGUCAACCUCCCGACGGCCGAUCCUACAUUUAUCGAAUGGUCCUACAAGAACUUCCCCACCAACUUCCCAGGCGGUGUCAUGAUCAACGGACUUUUGCAGAACACUAACCAGCAGAAGACUUUUGAGACCUAUCUCAAGAACACUGUCCAGGUCCUGUUCAAUAAUGUCACCUUGACCAACCGCAUUCUUAAGUAUCAUGACUUCAUUCUGCCCGAUCUUGCCUGGGAUCGCAACAUCACCCAAAGAUCUCCAGGUAUCAACUAUGGCUGGACCUUCCCCCAGGUCACUGAGAACCUGUGGCAGAGCGUCGCGGCUCCCAAUGCCAACGGUGGCGGCGCCAUGUUCGGUCUGAUCGAGUGGAUCGCCAAGAAGUCGAACGCUGUUGCCAAGGAGUUCGCCAUUACCAUUACCACUACCCCAGUCGGCCCUCCUACCAAUUCGUCUCAACCCAACGCUGGAGGUAACAACACUUCAAGUGGAUCAUCCAAGCCCUCAGACACCACCGGUUCAAAUAAGGGCAACGCUGCUGGUCAUGCUCUUCCUCAAGCGCUGGCCACCUUCGCCUUGGUCGGAACGUCCUUGGUUGCUCUCUUGCUGUAA